AUUGUUUGCCACCUCUUAGGCCUCAACUCAAUUGAACCGUGACGACAUGGCUGCUCCAGUCGUUCCAAGCAGCUUCCAAAUUUACAACUCAUACGUCGAAGAUCUCAAAUGGCAGAUUAAAUUCACCAUAAUCUGGUGCUCUGGCAUCGCACUGGCUGUGGUCGUUUCUAUUCCAAGUGUUGGUCUGAGACAUGGGCGUUCCCUCAAGGGAAUCGCUGGAAUAUCAGAGACUGAUGGGUAUCAGUCUGCUCAUUCCGAUGGCAAGGAGCCACCGCCUACUACCCGUCGAAGAGGUCGCAGAUUGAUCAGAGCUUGGAAUGCUCUUAUCUCACCGACAUACUGGUCUCCUCCUAAGCUCGGGCUUAAUGUUGGACAAAGUGCGCAUUGAAGGUGUUUGUUACUGAUAAGAAAAACUGACACUUUGUAGCUUAUUCAGUUGUAGUUUUAUUGGCGUACCUCACAGCUGUACGCAUCAUAAAGGAUGCACCUCUUAUUUCUAAUCCGAACAG